AGCUCAUUUCUGAAGUGCCACUAACUGGUGAUUUCUGAGGCUGUUAAAGUAAUGAACUUGUCCUCCCACAGCAGAGGGGACUGUCAAUGGCCUUCAUUUGCUUUGGGUGAUUGUCAUCAGGGUAAGUUUUGUCACAGCGUUUGAUAGUUAUGUGGGGAUAGUUCUGUCUGGAUUGACUGACCUUUGUAUCUUCAAGUAAUGCUGUACUCCUCUCUUUACUUAAGAUUUGCUGAAACAUUUUUUUUUCUUUUUACCAUAAUAUGGAUUAUUUCAGUUGAAUAAGGCGAUUUAUACCUCCGCUACCUUGACACAACAAAACUGAUGGCCUCGUGCACAAUAAGAAGCAACCUGACAACUGAAGUCUUUCCAGACAACCUCGACCUUAAUCUCAUAUUUCCUUUGUAGCUCUUCGUAUGUAUGCAGUCAAACUGGAACGUGGACUGCCCAAAUACACGCCCAGCGUUUUAUCCCUGCUCCCGUUGCUUAUUUCAUUUAAAAUGGUUCAUGUUUUCACAAUUUUUCCACAUACAGUGCCAUAUUAUCUUGGGCUGGAUGGAUGGUGAGGGCAGCAAACUGACUUGUCAACAUUUCCGAGAAGAGCUGAUGAAUGAUGCAUUUCCGAGCCACCAGCCCCCAGCAGAACACAGCUCGCAAUUUACAGUGCAGAGAUGCAGCCUGCUGUGAUUGGCUGUGAGCAGCAGGAGCACAGGGUCACCUGGCGGGGACAUAAAACAGAAAGAUGAGACUCGUAGCUCUGGUUGUGGUGUACGCGCUGAUUGUUGGUCAGGACGGUGUGGGAGCAGCUCUGCCUAGAUUGAAUUCUGCACAAAGGACAUAUGGAACAGGACCAGUCCGCUCUGCGCUGAGGAGGAGAACCACAGGGGACCUGCUGGCAGAGGACCCCAGCCUGUGCUUCUCCCUGAGAGAGAACGAUGACCAGCGGCAGCUCCUGUGCAAUGACCGCAGGAGUAAGUUCAAUUUCAACCCGUUCGGCCUCCGCUUCGGGAAACGCUACGACGGCUACAUUUACCGAAGAGCGGUCCAAAGUGCCAGGACCAAUAAGUUUUCGCCACUCGCUCUGUUCUCGCGAGAAUUGGAGGUUCCCACCUGAAACAGACCCGUGUCUCCUGAAGAAUGAUGUAAAUUGUGUGACUAAAGUAUUUCAGUGUGUGUUAAAAAGGUCAGGACUUCAGAAUAAAACUUUUGUACCUUGACUUCUAGAAUUCUUUCCAUGUGCAAUAUUUUAUUUACUAGUCAUUUUCUUCUUCAAUUCAUAUUUAAGUUUAUCUAUUCACAACAUUUCUAUUUUUUUGUGUGAAUGUAGUCUUUUGUUUGGUUUUUAAUGAAUAUUUGAUUUUACAUGUUUCAGAUGUAGUACUGUUAUUUUACAAGACAACAAAGGUUCUCUAUCUCACACGAGCUAGCUAGAAAGGGAAACGCAAGCGCCUCGGUCCUGACCGCAUCACCGUCGUGCUCGAAUGACGUUAAAGCACAUCCUCUCGGGUAAUAUGGCUUAAAAAAUAGUAAUAGAAAUUCUUAAUUUUCCACGUUUUAAAACACGUUUACCAGAAAUUAACAUCAACUGGGAUCUUAUGCAGGAGCUUAAUGCCACCACGAGAUGGCGAUGUUGUGCCAAUUUACUUAAUGAAUCAAUGGAGAAACUCAAAUAGAAUAUCAAUUCUGACUGGUCCUCCAUCCGGUACAUUAGUUUGUGUUGAGCUCAUUUGCUCUGACGUUACCCUAUAACCAUCAAUUUGUCAAGCUGUUCUUAGAUCUUUCUUUAAACAUGAAUUUAACCAUUUGUCAGUUGUUGCAAGAUGAUAAAAGUGACCGAGAGGUUUAGUAGGCCCAGCAACAAACACUUGCCCCUGGAAGUGGUUGUGGUGGUGGCGGUUCAUUAGUGUAACCCUCCAACAAAAUAUCUAGUUACAUCUCGGUAAUAAGCGACUAAUGCAAGUCAAUGUGAUUUAAUAAAAUGUAACUUAGUGCAUGAUGUAUCAAGGGAUUGCAGUUCAAGAAUGACUUGAAAGAAGUUAUUGAAUGUUAAUGUGUAGAUUAGUGCAAGUUACUUCAUACAUUAACCUAUAGAGCUUCUGUUACAGCUUGUAAAUAUGACAUGAACAUGAAGACGUUGGAUCACGAAGCAAAAUGUGCAUGAUUGUUGUUGGAUAAAAGCAGUUCUCAGCUGUGAGACUGGAUGGGCCUUAACUCAAUGGUAUCAGUAGAAAUGUCAGUAGUUACAGAAAUGUGUUUAAUGUACUGAACUUGACUGUAAUCACUAAAAAGUUUCUGCUGAGUUUGGAGAUUUAGAUUUACUGUCACACUGGUGCUUCCCAGCUAAUGAUAGCAUGCCAUCAUUCAACAUAACCUGGACUCACAUUACUGUUAUGCUAAAACCGUUCAAAGAAAUUCAUAACUAACAUCUAAUCUAAAACAUGUUGCUUAUAGUAAUAUUACAGUUGUUCUCAAUGAUGUUCCCAUGAACGAUAGUGACCCGGACACAAUUCAGUAAAGCCUGCUAACUAUAUGUUGGAAGAUUUACCAUUUGCACUACGUUUACAGUAUUUGCAUUUGAAAGGGGAAGUUUAAAUCCUUUUAACUCAUGAGAUGUUCUACUUGUCUACUGAUUGUGUCCUUUUUUACAGAAAACAAAACACUCAAGCACACACAGCGCCAUGUUCAAGUUUAUUAAGUUACAUGUUGCUGUUUCCGACGCAGUUUACAACACAAGGACAGUCACAGAGGAUGUUUAAAAAUCUACUCCAUCUCCCUGUCAUGAAGAAAAUCCUUAAAAUUCCAAUGCCAUGGCUCAUUAUUAUGUGUUCACCAGAGUGCAGUGUCUGCUGUAGAGUAACUGUAAGAAAAGGAGCACUUUCAAUUCAGUACAGAAGGUGGGGAAGGCAGUGACACUUAUGGGUCGUGUUUGAUCCUGGUCCGGACAACUGCAACACAAGAAUCCAUACAGUACACAUCUG